AUGGCCGGUGCCUUGAACCUGGAGAAGCAGCUGCGCUUCUAUGGCGCCUACCACCACAACCCCGUCAAUAUCUGGAUCCACAUAACCUGUGUGCCCGUCAUUCUGUGGUCCUUCAUCCUGCUCUGCACGAACACGCCCGACCUUGUCAAAAUCCCAGAUCAGUACCAGAUCCCGUACCUUCCGCCUAAUCUCGGCCUCUUCGUCUGCUCCGCCUACUGCGUCCUCUACGUCCUGCUCGAGCCUGUGGCCGGGACCGCCCUGGCCGCGCUGCUACUAGCGAGCACAGCAUGGGCCAAUCAUCUCACCAGCACGUAUGGCAUGACUGCCAACUACUACGCACUCGCCGCCCACGUCGGAUCAUGGAUUGCCCAGUUUGUGGGACAUGGCAGAUUUGAGGGGCGAAAGCCCGCUUUGCUUGACAAUUUGUUUCAAGCAUUCUUCCUGGCACCACUGUUCGUAUGGCUGGAAGUCUUCUUCAUGCUAGGAUACAGGCCCGACCUUCAGCAGAGAAUUGAAGGCCUUGUACUCGAGGACAUUGCCAAGUUCAAGGCUGAGCAGAAGCAGGCCGUCAAUGGAAAGGCCAACGGCAAGGCAGUCAAUGGGCACGCGAAGGCAUCGUGA